AUGGUUGUCGAAUUUCCGCCUUUCGAAGCUCUACCCCUCCAAAAGAGUGGCCCACCAGGAAAUGCGUGGGGCUUAUUUGGCGACGACGACGAGCUCGGAAUGCUUAACCUCCUAACACCAGAAACCACACGAGAUGCUGCUCGAGAAAUCCGAGAAGGGAUCCGCAUAGCUCUGGACUGGCCUUUAAAUAAACCAUCACAUCCAACCUUUGAACGACAACGUUUUCACCAUGCAAUAUUACAUAGGGCAGGGCCAACUUUCAUGAACGAUGAUGCCGUACAUAUGAACACCCAGAGCUCAACGCAGUGGGAUGGCUUUAGGCACUACGGCUAUCAAAAAGAGAAGAAGUUCUUCAACGGACAUACCCAGCAAGAGUUUGAGAGUAGCACCGCACUUGGACUGAAUGUCUGGGUAGAAAAGGGAGGUAUUGUAGGUCGUGGCGUCCUUUUAGACUGGGCAUCCUGGGCCGCUGAGAAUGGGAAGAGCUUGUCACCCUUUCAGACAGGAGCAGUAGAGCUCUCGCAUUUGAAGCAAAUAGUGAAAGAGCAAGACAUAGAGUUCAAACCCGGGGACAUUUUGUUCAUCCGUUCUGGCUUUUCAGCUGCAUACAACAAAUUGUCCGAUGCUGAACAGAGAGCGUUCCCCGAUCGAGAGCCACCUGGUCUUCUAGGUCUUGAGGCCACGAAAAAUGUCCUGCGUUGGAUCUGGGAGAACAAAUUCGCGGCUGUUGGAGGUGAUUCACCUAGCUUUGAGCGAGGACCUGCCACAGGUCCAUACAACGACCCAGAAACAACCCUACACCAAUGGCUUUUGGCUGGAUGGGGUCUACCCAUUGGAGAGAUGUUCGACUUGGAGAAGCUGGCCAGCGAGUGUAGGAGACUAGGGCGAUACAGUUUCUUCUUAUCAAGCGUACCCUUGCAUAUCCCGGGAGGAGUAGCGAGCCCGCCGAAUGCUAUCGCGAUAUUAUAG